AAACAAAAUUCGCAGUUAAUUCGAAUUCGAAAAAAUAGUUAAAUCAAAUACAAAACAAUUUACGGCCAUGCAGCACAGUGCCAAAUUAAGCAAACUGAAAAAACAAUACCAGAGUUCAAUAGCAAAUUAAAUAGAAGCUAAAGGAAAUCAACAUCGACCACAACAACAACAACAACAGCAAGCAGACGUGAAGCGAGUAUCGGAGUUACGUUAUACAGACACGGCCAGCCCGUUAGCCAGCAUGUUGUUUACGUCCGGUGUAAUCUGCCAAGUGGAGAAAUUGCUCUGUACACCGAUCAGUUUCGCUGUCUUCGCCUUCCUCUUCAUGGCCUGCACCAUGGAGGUGGUGCUGCUGAAGCUAACGACCAGUGCGCAUAUCUUUGGCCGGCCGCCCAAUCAGGAUGACUGGGAUGAGGGCGGCCAGUUCGGGGAGGAGGAUAUCUACUAUGAGAAUCUCGAAAAUAACUAUGAGCACUGGGCGCGCAGGCGUCUACGCUAUCAUCAGCGUCAGCAGCAGUUGCUACAACAACAACAACAACAGCAGCAGCAGCAGCAACAGCAAUAUCUAUAGACAAUUGUCUCUUAUUUGACUGAAAUUUCUCCAAUUAGACUAUAAAUUAUUAUUUUUUGUUUCGAUUUCAUUUGCGUCUGUAUGUAAACAAUUGCAAAAUUUUCUGCCAAUUCAUUUGAAACACACUCCAAAAGAAACAAGUGAAGAAAAACAAAAAUUUGUGUUAAUAUUUUGUGCACGUUGUUAACAUUAUA